AUGGGAAAUUUAACUUUUCAAUUUAUCACCUUACUUUUGGUUCCUUAUGCAAGUGCUCUAGAUUGCACUCAAAUUUGGAGUUCUGAUAUUCGAGAUGGAAAUACUGUGAAUUUUCCAAAAAGUGAUGGUUCAAUGCAGACCCUUCCAGGAAACUUCAAUUGUGUUUAUAAUAUUUCCGCUCCCACUAAUUCAACUAAUGGGAUCUAUGCAAUUGUGACAUUAAAAAAUGGCUUGCAAGGUGCAAACGAUUAUAUCCUGGUCAAAAAAAUCACUGGUACCCAGCAAAAACUUGUUAGCUCUGGAAAUAAAGUGGAAACAUUCAAAGUGAUCCCAGGAAGCCAAUUGAGUGUACAAGUGGUUACCAAAAGCGUUGUGAUGAAUUCGCAGUUUGCGGUUUCAGUAGAAUAUCAUGGUGUAGUGAUUGGACCAAAAGUUCAGAUGAAAACAGGAGGGGAAAUGAAUUAUUUGGAUGUGAAGACCAUAAAUCAUGGUUCUGAUUUAUUCAGCUCUGUGACAUAUGUUUCCAUGGAGCAUAUCGUUUUAACUCUUGCCGGAACCGAGUUUGACUAUCAUUACGACUCUAAUGUAUACGACACCUGCUAUUUCAUUGAUGGCACAUUUGAAAAUCAACGAAAAAUCUAUGAAGUUGAUGAUUUCGCUCCGGACAAAGACCGAGAUUUCACAACCAUUGCCCAUCACUUAACAAUUGUCAGUUUGCAAGAAAAAGUGAUUCAAGUCGUCCUGAAUCCAGUUUCUGAAGUUCAACAGUUCGACGACCUAUAUGCAGUGCCUGUCACUAAUACCAGUGAAGUUUAUUAUACAACCAACAACGAUGCCUACGAAUUUGUGAAUUUCGAUUCUGUUGGAAUUGUCAUGGAGGUGGUCAAGGUUAUAACGUGGCCAUGUCGAGCUAUAGUUGUAAAUGGACCACCAAACGCAGAAUCAAAAGUUCUUUUGAGUCUUGAUUCCAAUCCAACCAAGCCUCAAAUCUUUAAUGUAAAAUAUCUUACAGUUGUUUCUUAUGAAUGCAUUCAAAUUCCGGAUUCUGUAAUUUUCGAUGAUAGCACAACUUAUAUUCCGGGCAAGGAUGGUUCAUUGCAAACAAUUCCUGCCAAUUUUAAUUGUGUUUAUAAUAUUUCUGUUCCCACGAAUUCUACAGAUGGCUUAUAUGCAGUUGUAACAGUUUUGAAUGGUCUGAAAGGCGUUAAUGAUUUCAUGCUAGUCACUGAAACCACAGGAAAACUAGUCAAAAUCACCAGCAGUUCCGAUUUUCUGCGCUCAUUUAAAAUGGUACCUGGAUCACAAAUGAGUGUACAAGUGGUCACUAAAAGUGUUCAAAUGAACUCACAAUUUGAGAUUACUGUACAAUAUCAUGCCGCGAUAAUUGGAGAUAAUUUAAAAAUGAAAACAGGAGGAGAGAUGAAUUUUGUGGAUGUCACAGCGAUAGGGGAUAGUUCCCGAUUUUUUAAUUCAGUGACUUAUACUGGAACUGAGCCGAUUCUCGUAACUCUUGCUACGGAUCAAAACAGUUUCGAUGGCUACACCAACUGCUACGUCAUUGAUGGAACAAUUGAAAAUCAAGUACAAGUUUAUCAAGUGGACGAUCUUUUACACAAAAGUCGCCUAACCACAACUUCCAAAUCUGUGACUAUUGUCAGUUUUGACGAAUUAUACUUUCAAUUUGUUUUAAACCCAAUUUCUGAGGCGGCACCUUUCACUAGUUUAACAUCAUCGGCAAUUAAACAAACAGACGAUUAUUUCUACCUCUUGGGGAAUCGAGCAGUGGAAUUUGUGAAUUUUAACUCGGUUGGAAUUUUGAUGGACAACGUGCGCAUGGAUACUGAACCCUGCAACGCUACAGUAGUAUCUGGCCCACCGAACAACUCAUCGAAAAUUCUUCUGGAUCUUUCAACGUACCCAUUAAUGCCUCAGAACUUUAACGUGAAAUAUUUUACAAUAAUUUCUCAUGAGUGUAGAUUUGAGUUCUCUGUCAGGGCUUCUAAUUGGAUUGAAUGA